AUGCUCUAUUUUUUGCUGGUGCUGCCAGCAAUCUGCAAGGUACCGUCGAGAUACCUCAGAUGUUUCGCAGACGACCGGCCCUGUUGGCGAGGAAAGCUCAUGUACAACCGGUACAGAACCGUAACUUUUGGCUCUUGUCUAGGUCUCUCGAGGUCUCUCGAGGGUCCCUCUUUGGUCCUUCAGCCCAAGAUAAGGCCUGCCAGUGCCUGCCCAUGA